GUGGCAGAUAUUUAAUUGUGUUCAACAAAAAAUUAUUCCAGUCAAAAAGAAGGAAUCAAUGAGAAAGAUGUCAAGGAGAGUAUCCAAUCAAAAACUAAGGCAUACAAAAUGGGGGAAGAAAGGCAGGCCCAGAGGUUCAGAAUAUUUUAGCAACCAGUAAUGGAUGACUAAACAGUGUGGAGCUGGAUGAACACAGCAGGCCAAUCAGCAUCAGAGGAGCAGGAAGGCUGAUGUUUCGGGCCUAGACCCUUCUAUAGAGUUAGUAAGAACUGCCGACAUUGGAGUCAGAGAGAACAGUGUGGAGCUGGAGGGACACAGCGGGGCGGGCAGCAUCAGAGGAGCAGGGAAGCCGAUGUUUCGAGUUGGGACCCUUCUUCAGAAGGUGAUGCUGCCUGGCCCGCUGUGCUCCUCCAGCUCCACACUGUUACAGCUGUCUCUAUAGAGUGUUGGUGAGGCUGCAACAGCGUCUACAGUGUAGAUGUGUGGUCCCUGUAUUUGAAAAACGGAGAUACAGGCAAUGCAGGCAGUUGGGAAAGGGAUUCGGAGAUAGUAGGAACUGCAGAUGCUGGAGAAUCCGAGGCAACAAGGUGCAGGGCUGGAUGAACACAGCAGGCCAAGCAGCAUCAUAGGAGCAGAGAGGCUGACGUUUCGGGCCUAGACCCUUCAUCAGAAAAGGGAUUCGGUUGGCUGAAUCCUGGGAUACCUUCCCAGGAAAAGCCGAAGAGUUUCAUUCCUGAGACAGCAGAAUGAAUGUCGGAAUCGCCGAAGUUUUGUUUGUAAAAAUCAUAAGGGUUAAAUCGUCAGUUUCACUGUAAUUCGGUCUGGGCUGUAUAUUCAGAGCUGGUACUAAACGGGAUUAGAGCAGUGGGUUGUUGUGUUGUGUUUUGUUUUGAUACGGAUCCCGUUGCCAAGAGGAACAGCCCAUGGUUACAGGGACAUGGCUGCGUCAGAGAUAAGUUUAAAGACAAAACAGCGCAGUAUUAGCUCAUACCGUCCCUCUCCUGCGAUAGCAGUGUCCCGGGGUUAUUAACGUGCUCGAUCCCGAGGAAACCGGCUCCAGAAGGAGCUUCUCAGCAAAGUGAACAGUGAUGCAAAAGAUCUCUCAAUUCAGUUUUCUUGUUCUGUGGGGACGACUGGCAUUAAGUAAGGGAUUCGAAGUCCUAAUGCCUAAAGAGCAAGUAAUAGUUAUCCUUAACCAAGAUGUUGUGCUGGAAUGCAAUUUCACUGUGACUGAAGAGUCACCUUUGAAGAACAUCGUUAUCAACUGGCAGCUUGCCAACACCAGUAAGGUUGUCCACAGUUACUAUUAUGGGAGAGACCAGCUAAACAAGCAGAAUCCUAAUUAUUCCGGCAUAACAAGUUUAUUCCCAGAAGAGUUUAAAAGUGGAAAUGCUUCCCUAAGACUAGAAGGAGUAAAGCUAAAACACAGUGGAAAAUACCAGUGUUAUGUCAGCACUGCAUCUGGAAGUGGUGAAGAAAUAAUUACUGUUGUUCUUGCAGCAUUCUACAGUGAGCCAAGGCUAAUCAUCAAGCAGAAACCAUCCAGCACCAGUUUAACGUUUGAGUCCAGUGGCUACCCUAAGGCUGAUAUUUCUUGGUACAUUGGAGACAACAAAGAUGCUUCCUUUUUGUCCAACACUUCCUACCGGCAAGAUGCUGAUGGACUGUACACAGUCCAAAGCACCAUGGAAAUCAACAGCAUGGAGAACAAUUCAACCUAUACGUUUGUUUUAAGAAAUGUGGUUGUUAAUCAAACCAUCUCUAGGACAUUUACUUUGAUAGCUAAAGAAUGUGGCACUUCGAUGUCAAAAUUGCACUGGAUAACUCCCUCAAUUAGUAUUGUGGGCAGUGUAUUAAUGAUAAUCGCACUGGCUAUACUAUUAUGUAAUAAAUAUAUUAAAGCAAAGAGCAUAGAAACCAUUGUUCCAAAUUUGCCAUGAGAUCACUGCAAUGUCCAGCAUAAGCUGAUGGUGGCCCUAAUCGAUUCUUCAGUGGAGUGGAAGUCUCAAUCUGUGUAGUGUUGUGAUGGUUGCAUGUGGGAGACACACUUUGAAUGCUUCAUUCCGGUGAUGGCGUUUGAAUGGUUGUAAUAUUGCCCAGUGGUCCACAUGCAGAAGCUGCGAGGAAUCUAUCUGUUGUCAUGGAGUCUUUGCAGCACAGAAGGAAGCCAUUUGACCCAUCAAAUCUGUACCGGCUCUUACAGUCGUACUCGUUGAUCCUUGAAAGCUUGCAUUAAUAAGGAAAUGCUUGUAACAGUCAAUGACAGAUACUAUCUAACAUAUGGAAGAGCCCUCAGUGACUGCAUGGGAAAGACAGCAAGAGGAGUGUUUGGUGAUUUGUUGUGGACCAGACCAUUUUAAAACUGUGUGAAAGUGAUGAAAAUGCUGAGAUACUGAUCAGUCAUUUCUAGAUGCUGAAUGUAUUUUAAAUUUUACCUAAAUGUUACUUAAAAUCUGAACAUUGUUUUCAUUUUUACUCCUUACGUUUCAAUGCUGUACUUAAAUCAGAAAUAAAAUUGUCAACCAAUA